AUGCAUGAGCUGCAGAAGACGGGGACCUACUGUGACGUUGUCUUGAAGGGCAGUGAAGAAGCUUCUGUCGGCAUUCCCUGCCAUCGCAUUGUCCUCACCGUGCACAGCGAAUACUUUCGGGCGGCCUUCACGCAGGAGUGGAAGGAGUCCACUCAGCAAGUAUACCAGCUGCGCAACAUCGACAGCCAAACACUGAACGAGUUAGUGGAGUACGCCUACACACUGAACAUCAGCCUCAACGGCGACAACGUGGAGCAUAUCCUGAUAGCGGCGCAGUUCUUGCAAAUCGCCACGGUUGUCCGAUUCUGUUGGGACUACGUAGAGAAGCACCUGCAUCUGUCCAACUGCCUGUUGGUCCAUGCUCUGGCCUCCAACUAUCACAAUCCCAAUGUAGCCGACGCCGCCUUGGGCUUCAUCCGGCGACACUUCCUGGAAUUUGUGGAGGGUCACGACUUUCUGCAGAUGGACGCUCAACAGCUGAUUCUGGUGAUAGGAUCAGAUGUCUUGGACGUGCCAAGCGAGGAUCAAGUGUUUCAGGCGGUGAUGCGUUGGUGGGAAUACGACCGUCCCGGAAGAUUGGCGCACCUCCAAAGUCUACUGCAAACCGUCCGUGUGCCCUUUCUGACUAGCCACGUCAUGACCGUACAACGCAAUAGCCGCUACACCGACCUCUGUAACGAGUGGCGCCGGCUGGCCUCCAUGCAGAAAGGGCACCAUUCGCAAGCAUUUGCCACACUGAAUGAUCACAUUUACGCAGUGGGUGGUUAUGACCUUGGCGGCGCAUUUAAUCAACCACUACCAUCCGUGGAAGCGUACGACGCCACUGACGAUUCCUGGAGCGCGGUUGCCUCGCUGCCCGCUCGUCGGGCCUCCAUGGCAUUAGUGGCGUGUGCCGGCCGACUUUAUGCUUUCGGAGGAGAAAACGGCGCGCGGGAGUGCAAGGCGGCUUUCUGUUAUGAUCCAUCGACAAACUCCUGGAGCAGACUGGCCAGUAUGCCGAUCGCCCGCAGCCAGUGUGCUGCAUGUGUGGGUCCCAGCGGAUUAAUUUACGUAGUCGGUGGAAUUGGACAGGGUCGGGACCACUGUGUGGAGGCAUAUGAUCGCGCAACAAACCAGUGGAUAAGGAAAGGGGAUCUGGUCCAUCCGCGUAGUCAGCCCGGAUGUGCUUGCGUGGACGGCAAACUGUACGUUCUUGGUGGGCACCAUCACGAGGAGGUGAACAGCCAUGACAGCAUCGAAGUGUACGACGAAGACGCGGACCGCUGGGCGCUGCAUGAAUGCCGAUUGCCGCAGGCCAGAUACGCUUUUGGCUGUUUGGUGAUGAAAAUGAAGCGCGAGUGA